ACUUGCGUUAGUUGGAUGUAAGGAUUCGGUCCGACGUGUUCUUCCCAUUUAUUCUUUGAUCCUACUUAACCCGUACGGAUACUCCGACAUAGAAUAAGACACUCUUGUCUGGAAAACUCGAGUAGAGCGAAGAAUCCUUCUCGUUGUGCCACCGUUAAAGGACUUCACUUAUCGGCGUCACACUGGACAUCAGAAGUUUGAUGGGAUGACAAGUACUGUGAUGCUGUACUAUGGCUGUUCGACGGCCUGCUACACAGCGCAGUAGAUACACGUCGCCCUCUGCAACCACCAACAAAGGCCAUGGAAAUCAACGCUACAUCCUCCACAAAUCAUUUCAAUGACUGGCCGAAUGAUGCCGGGUUCGAAAUCUUUCACGAGGAACGCGAGCCAGUCGAGCUCACUGUCUCUGGGCACAUCCCUUCCUAUAUUUCCGGGACCCUGUACAGGACAGGUCCCGGUGGUCACCAAGUGAAAACAAACAAGGGCACGACCUUCGCCAUAGACCACUGGUUCGAUGGUUUCUCUCAGAACCACCGCUUCCAGAUCAUCCAAACAGGCUCCUCUGCGCGCGUUGUGUAUAAUUCUCGUCGGAGCAUUGACCCUCUGAUCGAGAACAUCCGUCUCACCGGGAAUAUGGAUGGCUUCAGUUUCGGACAGAAACGCGACCCAUGCACUAGCUUCUUCAAGAAAGUGAUGAGUGUAUUUGUCCCCGAUCCUCGGCCUCAAGAACAUCAUAAUAUUGGUGUCACGUUGUCCAUAAAUCCCCCCGGUCUCGGUAACCCACAAACCACUGAGAACAAGAAAGGAGGCGGCCAUGCGUCUGGCAUCUACACCCUCUUGGCCAAGACCGACGUUGCCGUCAUGAGACAUAUUAAUCCUGAGACGCUUGAGCCCCGAGGCAUGGUCUCACAAAAGGCACUGCACCCCGAACUAACUGGUACCUUGUCUGCCGCUCACGCAAAAUCGGAUCCCGUAACUGGCGACGUCUUCAAUUACAACUUGGCCCUCGGGCGUAGCCCCGUAUAUCGAGUGUUCCGCGUGUCUGCAGCCACUGGACAGACUGAGGUUUUGGCAACAGUUACGGACGCUCCGGGGGCGUAUCUGCACUCCUCCCUCAUCACCGAGAACUACUUCAUUUUGUGCGUUUGGAGCGGUCACUAUGCAUGGGGCGGUUUGAAGAUUCUGUGGGAGAAGAAUAUGCUUGAUGCCAUAUCUCCCUUCGAUCCGAACCAGAAAGCGCUCUGGUAUGUGAUUGACCGCAAGCAAGGCAAGGGAAUCGUGGCUAAAUACGAGUGCGACCCUUUCUUUUGCUUUCACACCAUAAACGCGUGGGAAGAACCCUCUCCGACGGAUCCACUUCACACCGACAUCGUUGCCGACCUCUCUGUAUACAAGAACCUUGACGUCCUCAAGAGAUUCUAUUACAAUAAUAUCAAGUCCUCUUCCCAUGCCUCACUUAACUACACAGGGGACAAUCGCAGAAGCUGUGACGUGUUCUUACGUCGUUGGCGGUUGUCCUCGGUGGAUACAGCCAGUCCACUCGAGUCCCGGGAGGCCGUGACAGUGCACACAGCUAAACACGAUCGUUCUUGUGAACUUCCCGUCAUUAACCCACGCUUCCUCACUAAGCCGUCGCGGUAUAUUUACGGCGCCUGCGACCGCGACUUGAGCACGUUCUUCGAUGGUCUUGUCAAAUAUGAUAUGGAGACGCAAACAGCAGCAUACUUUUCCGUUCACGGUCACAGUCCUGGCGAGGCUAUCUUUGUCCCUAAUCCCAAUGGAACCACCGAGGAUGAUGGAGUACUGUUGAGCGUGGUCUUGGACGGGUUCACAGAGAAGAGUUACCUGCUGGUGCUGGAUGCAAAAACUAUGAAAGAGGUGGGUAGAGCGAACAUGGACUGUGUUGUAGGUUUUGGAUUCCACGGGGUUUACCAAUCGCAAGCUGUCGAGGGUCCCAGCACCGAUGUUUAAAGGCUUGAUUUGGGACGGGGGUUGCUUUAUGGUUUUUUGCAUCCUGUAAGUAAGUUAAGGUCUGGUCUGGAUUGUACUACGCUCUGUUCCGCCUUGUGGUAUGUAACACCACCCCCUACAUUACAGAUAAUAGAUUUGUAGCGAGACUCAGUACUGGCGCCGAAGAUGGACUCGAAAGUAUAGUGUAAGGCAGUAACAUUCGAUGUAUGCUGCCAAUCAAACUCUGGUUAACAAG